GUAGAACUUGACUUAAAUAUAUCAGUGAUAUGUGUUGAACUUUGAUGAAAAUAUGUUACUAGUAGAUUCUUGCAGUAUAUUGUAAUUUUUUAUGAAGUGGUUAGCUCUGUUUCAUAGAUCUGCUCAGUGCAUGAGUAGUGCUGCAGUGAAUAGGCUGGCUAUUAACUCUCCAAUGAAUAAUGUGGUGCAAAUAUUGGAGGGGCCCUCAGUCGCCUGUCAUGCCAAGAAAGCUGCUGCUGCAUUGAUCUCUGGCCAAGUAAUUGCACUACCAACAGAUACUCUCUAUGGAAUUGCAGCUUUAGCCCAGAAUAAUUUGGCUGUGGAAAAUAUAUACAAGAUCAAAAAGCGUAAUUCAACCAAGCCUCUUGCUAUAUGUGUGGCAGAGGUGGCAGAUGUGUACCAUUGGGGAAAGGUCACUAUACCUCACUCACUUCUUAAUUCUCUCUUACCUGGCCCAGUUACAUUAGUGUUCCAGCGCACUCCUCAGCUCAACCCUGCUCUGAAUCCUGGAACUGACUUAGUAGGUAUACGUAUACCUGAUGAAGAAUUUAUUAGAACAGUGGUUAAGUACUGUGGUACACCUAUAGCUCUUACAAGUGCCAAUAUAAGCACAAAGGAGAGUCCUCUUUGUGUGGAAGAAUUUAGUGAACUCUGGGGUAAGCUUCACUCUGUUUAUGACACUGGCCGUAUUGGUGAGCAAACAGACUGCAGAGAAGGGUCCACAAUAAUUGAUCUCUCUCAGACUGGAUCAUACAGACUCAUUCGCAGAGGUAUUGCUUACAAGCGCACUGUCCAAGUUUUACAGGAGUAUAAUCUGUCCUUAGUAGAUUGA